AUGUCUGAUAUCCGGUCCUUAUUGAGAAACCUGGAUGGCUCUGCUCCAGCCAUUCAGUCAGCUGCAGGUGCCAUGAUGAAACAUUAUGGCAAGUCCUCCAGUGUGGCUGUGACAGAAUGGCGGAACGCCUUGCACCAGUCUCGACCCGAUCAGCAUUUGCCCCUGCUGUAUGUGGCCAAUGAAGUCCUACAAAACUCGAAACGCAAUCGCGGCAACAAGUUUUUGGAAGCCUUUAGUCCUAUUUUGGGGCAAGCAUUGAUAUAUGUCUGUCAGAACAAUGGCACCAUGGUGGAGAAGGUCCGAAGGACCGUCAAGAUUUGGGGAGACCGGCGAGUCUUUUCGAUACGCUAUGUCAAUGAGCUCUUACAAGGAAUGGAACCAUAUCGAAAUGGUGGAGGAAGUGGUUCCUCGGCGCCUGCAGCAUCGCCGUCAAGUGCCCCGGCCGAAACUGAUGUGGGUCGAUUUUCACCACCCACCAAGUCGGGAAGCAAUUCUUCUUCGUCACCUGACAAGAGCAGCAAAGGUUUGAGUGAACCAACGUUUGAUGGUGAUGCCGACAACAACAGUGGGGGAAAUGACGAUGAUGAUGACGACGACGAUGACCUCUUCGGGGAUGCCGGUGAUCGCAUGCUGGAUAUUGAAUUGGAUCUUGACAAGGCAGCUGCAGUGAGCAAGGGUAAUUUGAAUAAUAAUAACAAAUCCAAAAAGAGAGGACGCGAUGGUUUGGGUGGUACCUCGCCGGCCAAGCUCUCGCGUCGCCGAUCGGUCCUAUCUACCAGUUCCUUGAUGGAUUUGUGGAACAAGGUUGCCACCCUACAAGACACCUACGAUCAUUGUCAGGGCAUGCUUUCCUCGAUUGAUGCCAGUUAUUUGGACGAAUCCUCCGCCAUGGAACAAAUUGAUACACUGGUGGGUGACGAACUAUUGCAGCAAUACAAGCAAACUUUGGCCUAUGAAAAACGAGUGACGAAUCAACGCAAGGAACUCCACAGCAUUGCUCGAGAACGCAGGGCCCUGGAAUUGGAAGCCAUACGGUACCUUCCGUGGUUGGAAACUGCCCUGAAACAAGAUCAAGAUGACAUGGCCUUUUGCCUGAAAUUGGAAAAGCAAGUCGCAGCCGUCCAAAAUAUUCAUGGGUUGGCUAAGGCUGCACGAAAUGUCCAAUUGGAAACCGAGACCAAACGACGCAAGGCUCAAGAGGAACUUGAACGAAAAAAAGCAGAAGAGGAAGAGCGAAAGAAAUUCAUGCAGGCGGCAACGGCCAAGGUCACCGAAGCCGAACCAGGAAUGGUUUGGAACAAGGCAACGGGAGAAUAUCAGUAUUUGCACACGGAUGAGUCUUGGAGAGAUUAA